AAAUCCUCUUUGAUUUUUUUUUUUUUUUCAUGUUGGCUUUUGUGGUGCUCUUAGUGGAAUGCCUGUUAUCUAGGGUUCUUCAAGGUCAAUUUAUCUGAAAUAGUAGGAUCCUAUGAUCUUCCUGUGGUGCUUCUUGACGAAGAUGAGAGUGUAAAUAUACUGUUGUUUUUUUGUGUCUUGUACAAUUGAAUAUCAGAUCGGAGAACACAAUCACUGUUUUGGUUAAGGUAAAGAAGGUUGAAUAUUUUUCCAUUUUCUUUGUUUUUUGAAGCCUAGUUAUUUUGCAAGCUAUUUGUCAUACUCAUGUAACAAUAUUUGAUCUUCUUUAACCUUGUUAGAUCUACAUGUAUUUAAAGUCAAAUUUGCUUCGCGUUGUUUAUGAGGAAGUCAAAAUUAAUGCUUGCUUAAUCUCCUAAGACUAUUUAUAUAUGUGGAAAUCUUACAGAUCAAAUUAAUAUAUCAUUGUACUGAGAAUGUCUCCUUUGUUUUUUUUUUUUGCUAAAAGAAUGUCUCCUUUGUUAUAUUGCAUCACACAACACUAGACGAUUGUGUGAUGUAAAAAUAAGAUGUGAUUGUGUGAACCAAAAAUAAGAUGUGAUGUAAUCGUUUACAAAUAUGGGUUCUUUUAUUUGUAAUAAGAUUUUCUUUUGGUGAACUUUAUUUGUAAUAAGAUUAUACAAGUAACAAUACUUGUAACAGUAUUAAAUGUAAUGUGCUAAUAAAUUUUCUCUGGCAGAUGUGAGAUUUGGGUUGAGAAGGCCCAACUAAAGCCCAUAAAGGAAUCUAUGGGACGAGUAUAUAAACUGCAUCCACCGCUCGCUACCGCCGAAAAUUCCGAACCACAACCUUGACAACGAAUAUGACGUCUCUGUUGGAAGAUGAUCGUAAGGAUUUCAGUGGGCAGAUGAAUUACUGGCGUCAAAUAGCCGAAUCCGAUGGUUUCGAUAUCAAUGAUGUUCCAGUACCAAGAGGAACCAGAGCUGGACUGUGGUCCGUCAACUGUCAACACCCACGUUUUAGGCUUAGGGCUUGUUUACCCAAGAUUUAUGCUAUGGUUGGUCUUCACCAUUACAAUUUGCUCAAGGGGACAAACUUCCAGCACCAUGACUUACUGAAAUACAACAAGUCAAUGAACUGUGUACGCUCUUACUACAUAACUUCGGUUGCUGUAGAUCUUUCUAGCCAAUUUCAGAAAACCUUUCAGAUUCGAGCUGAUGAAAAAAGUUAUGGGGAUUUGGAUUUGACGGUCUCUAUUGCUAGAAUUAAAGAUGAAGAGAAAGUGACCACACAGAAGCGUUUCAUACAUCACUUUCAUGGUGAAGCAGACGCGGAUGAUUUCUACCAAGGUGCAUUGCCUGAUUGGCCAUCAGUUGAUGAUUUUAAUGAUCAAAAACGAUUUUACCUGGUGACUGAAUCAGAUUUUCAAUCCAAUGAUUGGAUUCGUCUUUAUUUGAAUCUUGCAGUUUGUGGACGUCGUAAGAUGACUUCAGAGGUUUUUGUUUGUUGCAUUCAGAAUGAUUUGUCCAAGUUGCAGAUUCUGAAAGUGGCAAUAGAAACUAAGGAAGAAGAUUUGCAGCCACCGAGUAGGAGACUCAAGGCCAAAAGUGCAUAUGUCUACAUAACAUUUAAGGGCUUGGACAGGGCUCCGAUUGGUGAUGAGAUUGGUGAGCAUGUUGAACGCAAAGCUAUCGUUAGAAGAGUCAUUGAUGAGUAUUACUUUACUCUCCUGGGUGGGUUUUCGAUUGGAGAAAUUAAAAAGCUUUGAAUUCUGACCAACCUGUGAGUGGAGAAGAUCAAGCUUUGGACAAUGAACAGAGUUCUGAAAAGCGACCUCGCUUAGACUAGUUAGAUUAGAUAAUAAACUAAGUUUUUUUGUUAAUAACGUGGAUUUGUUUCUGUGCUGUUUUUAAGUGUACUGUUUCUAAGUUUUUAAGCUUAACUCCAAGGGCAAACCCAAGUGCCCUUUAUUAUCCCUACUACUUUUACAAAUGCUAACAAUAACAUGCAUAUGCAUGCACUUGUCAUAUAGUUGAGUUAUUGAGUAUUUUGACCUCUUUAAUAUGCAUAUUUCUUUAUUUCCUUCUCGUGUUAAGCUUUAUGUUGCACUCUCUGUGUUUAUUUUGUCUCCAAAUGUAAGGAAAAUAAAAAGUCGAUUCUUUUGAAAUGAAGGAAAGCGGUUGAAUUUAAAUGAUUAGUGAAAACAAAAUUUGGUUUGAUUGAUGCGAAUUG